AUGUGGGGUCGGUUCUGGACAAAUAUUUAUAGCAUCGUUGAACCAUACCCAAAUGGCACCAAUGUUGACGUCACAGAUGAAAUGAUACGACAGAACUAUACAGUCGAAAGGAUGUUUCGUAUGGCGGAUGAUUUCUUCAUAUCAAUGGGAAUGAUGGAAGCGCCCCCAGAGUUCUGGGCAGAAUCCAUGUUCGUCAAACCAACUGAUAGAUUAGUAGAGUGUCAUGCUACUGCCUGGGACUUCUUUAAUCGGAUCGAUUUCAGGAUACGUAUGUGCACAGAGGUAAACAUGGAUGAUUUUAUGACAAUACAUCAUGAAAUGGGACACAUUCAGUACUAUUUACAAUACCAAAAUCUACCGGUUCAGUUCCGUGACGGUGCUAAUGAGGGUUUUCACGAGGCUGUAGGCGAGGUCAUCGCAAUGUCUGCCUCCACUACAGAACAUCUUUACACAAUUGGUUUACUGCAUGAAAACCCAGAUGACUAUGCGUCAGACAUCAAUUUCCUGAUGAAGCAAGCUUUGACAAUGGUUGCUACGUUACCAUUCUCUCUUGCUUUAGAGAAAUGGCGUUGGGAAGUGUUUCGUUAUAAUAUACCAUACGAAGAUUGGAUGAAAAAGUGGUGGGAGAUAAAAAAUACAGUUGCUGGCGUUGUUGAACCAGUUCCCCGAACAGAAGAAGACUUUGAUCCUGGUGCAAUGUACCACAUUGCCACUGAUUGGUCAUUCUUGAGGUACUACACCCGGACAUUCAUCCAGUUCCAAUUCAACGAAGCCAUGUGCGAGGCGGCAGGAUGGGACCAGGAGAUCUUUAAAUGUGAUUUCUACAAUUCUACAGAAGCUGGGACAAUUCUGGGGGACAUGUUAGAAAAAGGUCGUAGUGUACCGUGGCCAUACGCGAUGUAUGCCAUAGCAGGUACAAGUGAAAUGGAGUCUUUACCAUUAUUGAAUUACUUCAAACUACUGGACGAAUGGUUAAAUAAGGAGUUAUUUGAACUUGGUAUAAUAGAUACAGUAGGAUGGGAUCCCGAAUGUACAUGGAAACCAUAUGAAGUAGAUGAACCAACGACUGGGAUACCAGAAACAAGUGGAUCGCCUAUCAUUAGCAUGUCUUACAUCGACAUGAUCGUCACUGGCUUCCUGUUUGUGUUCCUUGUGCUGUAA